AUGUCGACCAUCACCAGGACAUUGCGGAACUUGUGGAAGAUUGGAAUCAAGGACUAUGGCCACCAGAUGCACUAUAUUGUUUUGAGAGCAAUUGCUAACGAGGCCGGUACGCUCGUAGCCAUCGACCGAUACGGAAACAAAUAUUUCGAGAACAACGAAGAAUUACCUCUCCGAACUCGCUGGGUUGAUUAUAAGGAUCAUGAUCUCGAUGCUUCGCAUAUCGACCCUGGCUGGCACGCUUGGAUCUCCUACAUGGUUGACAAGCCACCAACUCAGGAUGCAAUUAUGCAAGCUGGAGUACGGAAAUGGGAAACUCCAGAGCACAGACCCAACAUGACCCUCACUCGGGCUGCAUACAAGCCAUACAACACCGUGAAACCAAAAUACUCUGCCUGGGAACCAGUUGCUGCUCCCCGGUAA